UUUGAUACGAAAGAUUAAACGACGACAAAGUCUUAGCGAUGGCCCGUACAAAGCAGACCGCUCGUAAAUCCACCGGAGGAAAGGCUCCUCGUAAGCAGCUGGCUACCAAGGCAGCUCGGAAGAGUGCUCCGGCCACCGGUGGAGUUAAGAAGCCUCAUCGCUUCAGGCCAGGAACCGUAGCCCUGCGAGAAAUUCGUCGCUAUCAAAAGUCGACGGAGUUGCUGAUCCGGAAGUUGCCCUUCCAACGUCUCGUUCGAGAAAUUGCUCAGGACUUCAAGACGGAUCUGCGCUUCCAGAGCUCAGCCGUCAUGGCGCUCCAGGAGGCCAGUGAAUCCUAUCUGGUUGGACUGUUCGAAGAUACCAAUCUUUGCGCCAUCCAUGCCAAGCGUGUUACCAUUAUGCCCAAGGACAUCCAGCUGGCCCGGCGUAUUCGUGGCGAGCGGGCUUAAGACCGACGCUAGUGCCGAAUUCAGCGGGCAGGCCAUGUGACUGACUGGAAUUCCCUUAUCUAAACGGCCCUUUUCAGGGCCAA